ACUACUUUUGAACUUGAGACAUUUACUCCUUACAGAUUAUACUGUCAAAUUAAUGAAUUUGUUUUUAAAAACAAGAGAAGCCCGAUUUAGCGAAGUUUGACAAGAACUAUGUUCUUAAUAUAAUUAUCAUAUCUUGGCCCAUACUUAGCGCUACCCUUAAGCAGUAAUAUGACCCGACAACAAUUGAAAAACUCCGGGAAAUUGAUGAAGAAAAGUUGUAUGCCCAAAAAUGAUGUGACAGAAGAUCAAGUUGGUAAAAUAGAGCAAGGGAAAUUUAUUGAAGAACGAAAUGUGAUGUGUUAUGUGGCUUGCAUCUACACUAUGACUCAGGUGAUUAAAAACAAUAAGCUUUCGUAUGACGCUGUGAUCAAACAAAUCGAUACAAUGUUUCCGGUGGAAAUGAGAGAUGCAGUAAAAGCUUCCGCCGCUCAUUGUAAAGACAUUAGUAAAAAGUAUAAGGAUAUAUGCGAAAUUGCCUAUUGGACGGCUAAAUGUAUGUACGAUUACGAUGCAAAGAACUUCAUUUUUCCAUGAGGCUUAUUUGUAAUAUGAUUCUUUAAU